GUGUAGAUUUAUAUAUUAAAUCAACAUUUCAACUGUCUCAUAUCACAUCAUUACUUUGUCCUGGGAUUCAACAGUUACUAUAAUGGCACCCAAAAAAGCAAAGAAGAGGGCAGAAGGUGCCAAUUCAAACGUCUUCUCGAUGUUUGAGCAGACACAAAUCCAGGAGUUCAAAGAGGCUUUUACAAUCAUGGACCAGAACAGAGAUGGCUUUAUCGACAAGAAUGACCUGCGGGACACGUUCGCAGCUUUAGGCCGUCUGAACGUCAAACAAGAGGAGAUCGAUGAGAUGCUGAAGGAGGCACCGGGACCCAUCAACUUCACCGUCUUCCUUACCAUGUUUGGGGAGAAGCUAAAAGGAGCGGAUGCAGAAGAGACGAUCCUGAAUGCUUUCAAAGUGUUUGACGCAGAAGGAAAGGGGACGCUGAAAAUGGACUUUUUGACACAGGUGUUGACAACACAAGCAGACCGAUUCUCUCCAGAAGAGAUGGAUCAGAUGUUUAGUGCGUUCCCCCCAGACCCAGCAGGUAAUCUGGAUUAUAAAAAUCUGGUCCACAUCAUCACGCAUGGAGAAGAAAAGGACCAGGAUUGAAAAAUCUCCCAUACACCAGCUUUAAUUUACAAAGUAUGAUAAGCAAAGACAAAUAAAAAUGUGUGCAGUAAAUUCACAA